CCCAGAGAAAUGGCUCAGGAGACAAACCAGACCCCAGGGCCCAUGCUGUGUAGCACAGGAUGUGGGUUUUAUGGAAAUCCUAGGACAAAUGGCAUGUGUUCAGUUUGCUACAAAGAACAUCUUCAAAGGCAGCAGAAUAGUGGCAGAAUGAGCCCAAUGGGAUCAGCUAGUGGUUCCAACAGUCCUACCUCAGACUCUGCAUCAGUUCAAAGAGCAGAAGCUAGUUUAAACAACUGUGAAGGUGCUGCUGGCAGCACAUCUGAAAAAUCAAGAAAUGUGCCUGUGGCCGCUUUGCCUGUAACGCAGCAAAUGACAGAAAUGAGCAUUUCAAGAGAAGACAAAAUAACCACACCGAAAACAGAGGCAUCAGAGCCAGUUGUCACUCAGCCAAGUCCAUCAGUUUCUCAGCCUAGUACUUCUCGAAAUGAAGAAAAAGCUCCAGAAUUGCCUAAACCAAAGAAGAACAGAUGUUUCAUGUGCAGGAAGAAAGUUGGCCUUACAGGGUUUGACUGCCGGUGUGGAAAUUUGUUUUGUGGACUUCACCGUUAUUCUGACAAGCACAACUGCCCCUAUGAUUAUAAAGCAGAAGCUGCAGCAAAAAUCAGGAAAGAAAAUCCAGUUGUUGUGGCUGAAAAAAUCCAGAGAAUAUAAAACUAAAUUACUACUUGUGAAGAGACUGAAUUUUGUUUUUGUUUUUAUUUUAAUAUAUCGUAGGAAAACAUUAAAGAGCAGAUGCAUGGCAUUUUCCUUUGAUGUUCUCCAGAGUUUUACUUUAAACUUGUCUGUCUUAUAAUUGAUAUUUUAGGAUGUUUGGGUGUUUGUUACAGGCAGAAUUGGAUAGAUACAGCCCUAUAAAUGUAUAUGCCCUCCCUCUGAAUAAAAUUGGAUGAUAACCUGCACCAUAAUUUGAAAUGCACAGAUAUUGGAGACAAGAUUAUUUAGUUCACAUGUGCCAAACAAAUAUGUAAAACCUGCAUGUUUGCAGCAUAUCUGCCUUUUGGGAAUGUAAUCAAGGUAUAAUAUCUUUGGCUAGUGUUAUGUGCCUGUAUAAAAAAAAAUGGUACACCAGAAAAAGACUGGCAGUCUACUUUUACCAUAGUUAAACUUUGCCCUGUUAAUUUCUACAACUCAUUCUUUUGAAGCAGAAAGUAAGCUAUCUAUAAAGGAUCAGACCUUUUAAGUGAAAUGAAUAUUUUUGGUGCCAUAUAUAAGCCAUGGUCUUCUAAAUGCUGUGAAAGUAAGACAUUCUGACUUAAAAGGGUGAAAACAUUGAAACAAGUUUAUGUGGGAGUAAAUCCAUCAAACUGACUCAAAGACUUGAUUCUGUCUCUGAAACAGCGUGCUGACCUGCACCAGAAGAUUUGUCUGCUUUACUCUUGUGUAGCUAAAAAUGUUGUGUAGCACAAUACUGUAGUAGGGGUUUUUGUUUGUUUACAAGAAGAAAUAAACGCUACAUGGUUUUACAUACAGCAGCUUUAAUCAAAUUACGUGCAUCUGAUGAACCUUAUUUUGCAAAAGGUAUUUGGAACAGUUUGAUUUCUUGUGUAUAACUUCUGUUGAAUGUGUUUUGGGUUCCAGAAAGGAUGUUUAAAGCUUUUUUAAAACUUCAGUUUUCAAUGUAAUUGCACCCUUCUGCAUGGAAAAAACCAUAACCAACAUGGCUUAAGUGGUACCCAGAACCACUCUCAGAGGGCUGCUUUUAUCAUUUUAAUUGUACUUGGGUGUAGGACUAUAGUUGUUCUUGGGUGUAUUGCAUGGGCUGCAUUAUCUACAGCAUUGUACAAUAACAACUCUAGAAAAGGCAGUAUACUUCACUGAUGCUUGUCUGGUAAUAUCACUUCUGUGUUAUAAUGGAAGGUUUUUUUUGUGAUGUAUGAAACUUGUGGUUUUUUUUUUUACAUAUAAACAGUACAGUUUAGACUAGUGUUGUGGUAAUGCCUGUUUUCAUUUGUAAAUAGUUAAGUAUGUACACAAGAUGAUACUUUUGACUUUUUUUUUUAAUUGCAGUGUUCAGUCCUAGUUUUUACUUCACUCUUAAGGCAUCAGGUUUUUGGCUUAAAUUUUAUGUACUUUAGUUUGGAGGUAGAUAUUGCAAAUGUGUACAGAUAGUUCAUAUUUAUGUAUUGCACAUAAUCAUGCUCCUCAGCAUUUAUGCUAUAUUGUAUUAUGUAAAUAAUAAAAAUCAUGUACAGAGGGAA